AGUUGUAGUCUUGACGUCCCGGGGCGGCCGCCAUUGUCCCGCGGUGGGCGAGCAGUAGCGGACCCUGAGGCGAGGGCGGGGGGCGGCUCUCGGGUUUGGGGUCGCCCCGCGCUCUCGUCCUCGACCCCUCGGCCCAGGAUGGACCCUGAGGAGGAAGCGGCCGCCUGGACGGCGAUGGCGACCGGGCCGCCGCCGGGCCGGCCUCAGGAACCCGUGACCUUCCGCGACGUGGCCGUGGACUUCUCCCCGGAGGAGUGGGGGCGGCUGGGCCCUGCGCAGAGGACGCUGUACCGGGAGGUGAUGCUGGAGACCUUCGGGCACCUGCUCUCCGUGGGCCCCGAGCUUCCCAAACCCGAAGUCAUCUCCCAGCUGGAGCGGGGCGCCGAGCUGUGGGCGGCGGAGCGGGCACUCGCCCGGGGCUGCGGUCCAGGCUGGGAGCCGGGACCUGAAGAGCCCACGCCGCCCGCGGGGCAGGUCCUUCCUGAGGAAGCGCCCCCCAGCACCCCGGGGGAAGGCUGGGGCUGCGGGGGCCGGAUCCCCGCGCCCCCGGAGGACCAGGAUGGAUCCGGGCCGGCCGAGUGCUGCCUCGAGGAAGCCCCAGCUCCAGGGAGGAGCCCGGAAAACUGUGUCCCCAGCUCGGAACUGUGCCCCGAGGUUCCCGGGAACACCUCCUUCUGUACCUCCGACGUGCAGGCCACAGACCCGGGGGUCCCCUCCCGCGCCGCCGGCCCGCAGGACCCUCCGCCCGGCCCCCUUGCGGAGCUGGCGCCGGGCCCCGCCCCGGAGAAGCCCUACAAGUGCGCGGACUGCGGCAAGUCCUUCAACCACAACGCGCACCUCACGGUGCACAAGCGCAUCCACACGGGCGAGCGGCCGUACACGUGCAAGGAGUGCGGCAAGGCCUUCAGCCAGAACUCGUCGCUGGUGCAGCACGAGCGCAUCCACACGGGCGACAAGCCCUACGAGUGCGCCGAGUGCGGCAAGCGCUUCUGCCACAGCACGCACCUCACCGUGCACCGCCGCAUCCACACGGGCGAGAAGCCCUACGCCUGCCAGGACUGCGGCCGCGCCUUCAACCAGAACUCCUCGCUGGGCCGCCACCGGCGCACGCACACGGGCGAGAAGCCCUACGCCUGCAGCGUGUGCGGCAAGGCCUUCUCCCGCACCACCUGCCUCUUCCUGCACCUGCGGACGCACACGGAGGAGCGGCCCUACGAGUGCAGCCACUGCGGCAAGGGCUUCCGCCACAGCUCCUCGCUGGCGCAGCACCAGCGCAAGCACGCGGGCGAGAAGCCCUACGAGUGCCGGCAGCGGCUGCUCUUCCAGCAGGCCGCCCUGGCCGCCGCCGCGGCCGCCGCGCACCCCUGGGCCGGCGCCCUGGGCUGCGGCCCGGGCCUGGCCUCCGGCGAGGCCGCCCCGCGCAGCGACCGGCCCUUCCGCUGCGGCCAGUGCGGCAAGUGCUUCGUCCAGAGCUCGCACCUCAUCCGCCACCAGGUGACGCACACGCGGGACGGGCCCCGUGGGUGUGGGCGGAGGCGGCGGCGGCCGGAGCAGCCCCCGGGCCGCGGCCCACACCCUCCUCCCCCGCGCACAGGUGAGGACCCCGGGCACGGCGCCGGGGCGGGGCCGCCGGCCAGCAAGGCGCUCGCCCUGUUUGACAUCCACGAGAUCCUGCAGGACAGAAAGCCCGUGCACGUGAUCGCGGUGGAGCCGCCGCCCGUGGUGGUUGACGUCAAAGAGUCCCCCUAGGAGGCCCCGCAGGGACGGACCCUCCCGCAGAGCAGGAAGCCUGGGCGCCCUCCGCUCUCCGUUCCCCCGGACCCGGAGCUUGGGGACCUCCGUCUGUCAAGCCCCGUGCACCCUCUAGCCCAUAUUUCCUACUGUUGCCUCUGGGACCCUGACGUGGGUUCACGGGUCAUGUUAAAAAAUCAACACAGGCCCCAUUUUGUACAAGAAACUAAAGCAAGAGUGAUU